UAUAACUCUUCGGAUCCGCUCCUCUAAAAUAUCACCAAUGGCGAUUCAAGCACACUUGUUUCCGGAUAAUCUAUGUUUCCCGUUACUAAAUUCUCAGGAUUUCUCGGCCGUAAAUGGCCGUGGAUUCGAUCAUCCGUGUUUCGCGCCGCAGCAAUUGAUUCAGUUCGAUCAGUUUCCGAACUCCACCAACGCUCUAUUUCACCAAUCCACGACGAUCGAGAGGCAGAGGUUCCAAUUCGAGCAGUUUCUUAACUCACAGAACGAGAGAUUGAGAGCGGCAAUGCAAGAGCAGAGGAAGCAUCAGAUGGCGAUCCUGAUGAAGAAAUGCGAACCGCUGCUGCAGCAGAAAGACGAAGAGAUCGCGAAGGCGGCGGAUCGGGCGGUGGAGCUCCGUACCUUCAUGAAGAGAAUAGAGAUCGAGAAUCUGACGUGGCGGAGGGCGGCGGAGGAGAGCGAGGCGAUGAUCGCGUCGCUGAGCCGACGGCUGAGGGAAAAUGGAGCUGGAGAUGCGGAAUCCUGCUGCCGGAACGUGGAAUUGAUCGAGGAAGAGAAUGAGAAAACGGUGUGCAGAUGCUGCAAUUCGAGGAAUUCGUGCGUGGUGAUGCUGCCGUGCCGGCAUCUGUGUUCGUGCAGAGAGUGUGAGGUUUUUCUCGAUUCGUGCCCUGUUUGUAGUGUGGUGAAGAAAGGUGCCAUUGAAGCACUGGUUUGAUUUUUCAUUUUUUAUUUUAUUUUUAAACAAAAGCUCUUUCUCGUAAAUUUUUUAUUUUUUUUAUCAUUUGGUUUCUCUUUAUGAUCAUGAUAUAUGAAGCCAUAAUCAGGAUCCAUUCAUAAUUUUUUAGUGAUAGAAUAAAAAAAUAGUUAAUCUCAUUUAUUGUAAUAAUUCAAUUUAUGUUAAUCUUCUGCCAAUUUUUGGUUUUUUUUAUCUUAUGUUGAGUUAUAAUAUGAUCAAAUAGUGUUAACUGUUAA